GUUUAAAAGUGACCUGUUUCCCACAAAGGUUUAUUUGAGCAGACUCUGACCUGACAGCGAGAGCGAUGAAGGCAACAUAUUUCGGAGCUUUGCUGGUUAUUGUGGCCUCGGUCCACUCUGACACCCAUUCUUACCUGCCCAGCGACUGUGAUGAUAUCUAUCGCCGUGACAACACCAGCUCCAGUGGGGUGUACGUCAUUUAUCCAGGAGGUCCCACCACACCACUGCAUGUCUACUGUGACAUGGACACUGAUGGGGGCAGAUGGACGGUGUUUCAGAGGAGGAUGGAUGGAAGUGAAAAUUUCUUCAGACCCUGGAAGACUUAUAAGACAGGAUUUGGGAACAUUGCUGGAGAAUACUGGCUCGGCCUGGACAACAUCUUCUAUCUUACUAUAAGGAAGGAGAAUGAGCUGAGAGUGGACAUGGAAGGAUGGGAUGGUGCAAAGGCCUCAGCACUGUACUCCUCUUUCUCCAUCGAGUCAGAGAAGGGUGGAUAUCAACUUCACCUGGGCAGCUACACAGGUGGAGGGGCAGGUGACAGUUUAAUAAACCACAACGAAAUGAAGUUCACCACCUACGACAAAGACCAGGAUCUGUGGGGAAAUAACUGCGCUCACCACUAUCUGGGAGGAUUCUGGUACAACCAGUGCCACCACGUUAACCUCAACGGCCUGUACACGACGGCAGAUGCUGUCGCGUACGAGAGCUCCUGCGUCAUGUGGAAUGCGUGGAAAGGGAAGGUCCCCCUCAAAAAGGUUACCAUGAAGAUCAGAUCAUCCACCAAGUGUUCAUGCAAAUAUUAG